CGCGAGUGGACGCCACACAAUUGCCACAAUGCAAGCGCGUUUCUUUUGUCCACUCAUCCAAAUCGGCUGAACAAAGGUUCUUCGGAAAUGGGCCACUGCAGGAUCCCCUUUAAACGAGCAAAGAUGCAGAUUCUUUUGAGCCACCUCUCCCACAUUGUUCCAUCGUGCUGCCCACGGCGCCCAUCGCAUCCAUGUUCCAACGAAUGACACCGAUAGACGACCUCCCGGCCGAAUUGCUCUCCUACAUCUUCCUCCUCGGCGCGUACCGCCCGCCAGAAGAAGACCCCUCGGGCGAAAUUUCCGGUGGACAAGUCAACGACCUUUCGCCAUGCAUGACCUACAGCUAUGCGUUCCCUUGUCUCGUCUCGGCCGUGAGCCGCCAUUGGCGCGGCGUCGCGCUUACAACGGGCCAGCUAUGGAACAAGAUACCUGUCACCGACGAGGAGUGGGACGACUUGAACGACUUGGAGGGCUCUAGCUUCAAGCUCGCUCGUCUGUUCCUGGCCCGAUCGGGCACGGCGCCUCUCGACAUCAUGGUAGAUGCGCGGGAUCCUGAGUGGAAUUUCUCGGAAUACGACGUGUCUACUGCUGGCAGUACUCCUGGCCUCGACGACGAGGAUGAAAACGAAUACAAGCACCCGUUCACGCAGGGCCACAUGCACGCGGCCAUGCAAAUGCUGUUGCCCCAUCUGAGCCGAACUCGCUCGCUCGCGAUUUUCACUGAUCGCUGGACUCCCAUGCAGGUCGCCCUGAACAGCUUGAGUCGCGACGCUCCUCGUGUCCCUAUGCUGGAGAGCCUGAUCCUGAUGCGGUGCAACGAGUUCGCGGCGUACACGCCCGACUUCAUCCCCCAAGGGUGCGGCGUCCACUGGCUCCUUCCGUUCGGCAACCACGCGGGUGGCCCUGCGCUCCCGCGUCUCGAACGCCUCAUUCUCUCCGGCGUGCACGUCAAGUGGAAGUCCCUGCCCGCGCUGUUCCCGCAGCAGACGCGUCUUCGCCAUCUCGAGUUGACGUACCACUGCAGCGACGUGCGUCCGAACAAGGCCGAGCUCCACAGUUUGUUGUCGGCCUGCUCGCAGCUGGAGGAACUGAACGUCAGGGUGUCGCUGCCUGAGGACGACGCCGAGUUCGGGCAGGAGGCUACCAUGCGCAACGUACAGCCCCGUGCUGGGGAGGAAUUCCUGGAGCUGUUCCGGGCUCCGAACGUUCGCACCCUGGUUCUCGAAGACGCGUCAUACGCGGCGUCCGAAGUCGUGCAGGAAGCGAGCAAGCUGUUCGUCUAUCUGGCGCACCCUGGCGGCCGAUUCAGCCGCGCCCGACCGCUCUUCCCGCUUCUCGAGACCCUUGAACUCGGCCGCACGCAAGCCACCCGGGAGGCAUACCAGAUCUUCUACGCGACGCUCCCUCGCCUGCGCAAGCUCAUACUGCGGGAGACGCCUGUUGCCGCGGCACGCGCCUUGCGCCCGACCAGCCCCUACGACGCGCAGCAGUCGUGCCCGUGUCCGCUGCUCGACACGCUCGUCGACGUGGAGGAGGGCGAGCUACCGGGAGCGGGCGAGCCUGUUGGCGAGUGGCUCAUGCCUAAUGGACAACCUAUCCCGCCGAUGUCCCCAGGACCGGUGCCGCAGCCCGUCCCGCGCUCUGCGGAUGGGCGCGUGCUGGUUGGGCGCGGUGGCCUGGCUCCGCCGACGCCGUUCGAGUUCGUCAUUGGGAGGAUGUCAGCGGGGUAUCGUUGAGUUCCGUGUCCCGUCUGCGUCUGAAAGUCAUUAUGUUCCUAUGCACGAAUGUAUACUAUGUUACUGUACUGCUUAACCCACCGCCACUAGGCGUAUGAAUAUGCUUCCUAUGUGCUCUCACGGUGUGUUGCGACGUGUCGCCCGAGUAACCCGUUCGAUUGGGUGUGGGAAAUCAGAAUGGGCCUUCAAUAGUGUGCUCCGAGUCCUCUGGUUGGUUGAUUACAGUCUCGUCUUUUGCACUUCGCUGCACGAUCUCAUCCACAAAGACUGGAACAUAGGGUGGCUACCCAAGACUACCCCAAGACUACCCCCUAUAAAAACUGUCUCCC